AUGUCUCAACUCUGCUGUGAAAUUCUUACUACUAAUUGGGAUCUCCCCCUCCUCCGGCAACCGUCCAACGCCGAUCCUCGUCGUCGCCGGAACAGCAACCGCCCCUCUCGCGCGUGCGUCCUCCGCGCCGCUUCUCGCCUCUCAGGUCUCUUCGCCGCGGAGCCUUCACCGUCGAUCCAUCGGCGGAAGCCGAAGUCCGGGAAGAAAGAGCGCCGGCGGGCGGAGGAGGAGGAGGAGGAAGAAGAAGAUGAGGAGUCGCCGCCGCUGUCGCCACAGCAGCAGCAAUGCGCGAAGAUCGUGACGCAGCUCGUGGAACCGCCGCUGUCGCCUUCGAGGAUGCCGCGGUGGAACCUCCGGUGCAUGUGGGAGUUGGCUUCGGUGCUCAAUUUUUUGCAUCUGUUUAGGCCACUUUUGAAUAUCUCACUUGAAUUUUCUGCUGAAGAGUUCGAGACUGCACUUCUUACUCCCAAUGACACUUUGAGUGAUAUACAUAUGCCUUUGCUUAAGGCAAUCCCUCCUAUUAUACGCAUGGCACUCACACGUGAUACUUGGAUAACUGUAUUAUGCAGAAAAUUGAGAGAUUGGUGGCAUUGGGUUGCUGAUGGGGAUCUUCCAAUUGUUGCGUCACAUGGGACGGAAAUUGAAGUAUAUAAAUCGCUUGAUCCAGGGGUUCGUCUUGUGAUCUUAAAAGCAUUAUGUGACAUUCGUGUUGAGCAAGAAGAUAUCCGGAAUUAUAUUGACAACUCCCUCAAACAUGGUGUUAAACUUUCAACAUUUCGUAAAGAGCGAAUUGGAGGUGAUUCACAUGGAAUUUCUUAUUGGUAUGAAGAUGACCCAGUUGUUGGUCACAGGCUGUAUCGAGAAACAAGAAAAACUGAAGUGAUUCAAAUGAAGAAAGGGAAACCAAGAGGUUCACUGGUUCUUUCUAAUACAUCAUACCAGUGGGAAUCUGUAGCUACCAAUUUUGAUGAAUUUCAAGAUGUUUCUGAGAAGCUUUUCUCAAGUAAAAACAGGACAGAGAUCUCUGUGGGGAAAAAGCUAAAGAUAGACAUGCUUCCUGAAAUUGAGAAAGUCCAUAAGAGAAAGGAAAAGUUGCUGAAAAAGCAACAGAGAGAGGCCCUUCUUCUUGAUAAUUACAUGAUUGCUGAUGGUCUUGCUACCGGACGUUCACUGCGUUAUAGGAAGCCUGUUACCUACACUUUCGAUGAUUAUGAUAAGUCCAUAAAUGAGGCAAUCAAAGAAACCAAACGGAAACAACCAUCCCCAGAAUCCAUGCCCAAGAGAGAGUUGGUAGCAAAACCGGAAGCUUUUAGUAAUGGUAAAUGGAGUGGUCCUUCACAUUCCCCUCAAAAUCUGAAUUUUGGUUGGUCAUCUCCAAAAUCACCUUACUCUGAUGAUGAUGAGGAAGACCAUAUAACGGAUCCACUUGAUCGAACAAAUCGUCGAAGACAGAGACCGAAGCGGUAUUCAGAUAAAGAGUUCCUUGAUCCUGUAUCAGAUAAUGAUGCUGACUUUGACAGCGAUGAUGAUAUUGUUGGAGAAGCUGUAUAUGAUGAAGAGUAUCUCAAGAAGCGUAAGCAGAGAAGGAAGCAUUCUAGUAGCUCCGAAGGAGAUGAAGAAUAUCAGUGGGAUGAAGAUAAUGUCGAAGAGGAAGAAGAGGAAGAGGAAGAGGAAGAAGAAGAAGAUGAUGAUGACGAUGAAGAUUCCUUGAGUAUCAGUGAGGACAGUGACAAACCCCGCAAGUUCAAGGCAUUGCGAGGCCGUACUACGAGGGAUUCUAAACGCAGGCCUGUCAAUGAUUUUCAAUCAGGUCUAAGGCGCAGUAAGAGGUCAACCCGAAACCGUGUAAAUUACCGACAAUACGAGGCGUCUGAAUCAGAACAAGAGUUUAUUAAACCUGAAAAGUCUAAUACAUCAGCUGAUCACUCAGAUCCCAGUGAGAAUGGGGAAUAUAUGAUGGAAAGUGAAGAUUCCGACCGGAAUGAUGAUGAAGACCAGGAAAUGAAAGUAGAAGAGCAGCCUGCUACUUACCCCAUAGUUGAAGAGAAUGAACAAAAUGCACCUCCCGAAAAGUCAAGUAGUCCUGGUCAGGAGGAAGUUGAGAGCAUCGGAAAGCACCAUUUCCUUGAUUUGAACGAGCUCGCCCCUAGCUCGGGUUUCGAUGAUGGUCCAAAUACAAUAAUGAAAGAUGAAGACAAUGAAUGACCACUGAAGCUUGCCCUUCUGCUUGAGUAGAAGGGAGUAGGGAUUGUAAUUUUAUACCGCGGAAGCCGACGUGUAUGAUAAUAGAAUUAUAAAUUUUUGUUGUAAGCUCAGUGUUAGUUAUGAUCAUGAUCUUCCCUAUGGCAUUAUCUAAGCAAACCUCUGAUGCUGCCAGAAGCAGCAUAAUGCUGAGUUAUGUAGGUUAGGUAGUCAUUUUUUUAGUGUUUCUACAUUCAAAGGGUCUACGAAAAUGGAGGAGGAAAUGUUGGCGGGGUUUGUUUGACCCAUCCAAUUGAUGUACAAUAACUUAACAGGUACUGUAACUUUAAAAAGAUGCGGCUUUCAGAUUAAUGAGCACUGCAGUUUUCUAUUUA